UCUAUUGCCCGGAUAAUGCCACCCGCAGUUCCCAGCAAUUCCACUUGCUGAACAGUGCGAUUAAUGCUAUUUGUGGGUGGGUUACGAAGCAAACCUGGUGCCAUGAGUAAUUGUUCUCUGGAAUAUGAUGCUCAUGGAAGCCCCGCCCGACGUUAUAUGUAUGAAGUUAUUCAUAUGCAGACUACCCUGGUAUGUAUUGCAAACCCCCUACUUCCUCACCUUCUUUCUUCUCAGUCAUCACUCUUUGGAGCCUUUUAACAAGGUAUCGCCAUUAUUGAGUUGAACGUUACCCCGCCCUCAGAACCGCAGAAACACCAACCAAAAUGAGCGUCAGCGCAAAUCGAAACAUCGUUAUUGUGGGAGUUGGAUCCUCCAUGUCUAAGUCUCUUGCCAUUUGGCUCGCGAGCCUGAGUUGGAACAUUGCCCUGGUGUCCCGCUCCGAAAAGAACUUGUCGGCCAUCGCCGACCAGGUGCGACAGGCCCAGAAGGACAAGAAUAGCAAGGUUAUUUACAAGGUCUCCGACGCCGGUGACCCUGAAGCUUUGAAGGCUACACUUGACUGGGCUGUCCGAGAAUUCGGCGGCAAGCUGGAUGUUCUGAGUUAUAAUGCUGCCCGCGUUGCCCCUUCUGAUAUCACCGAGACCACCCCCGAGGAAUUGCAGCAAGACUUUAAGGUCGCUGCCGUGGGCACUCUGGUCGCGGGCCAAUGGUUUGCCGCCGGCAAUGCCAGAACUGAUCGGAUCGCCGAGGGCGAAUAUCCUCUUUUUCUUGUCACCGGCGGUAUCCUCGACAAGGAACCUGAGCAGUCGGUCGCCUCGCUCUCCACCGCUAAGGCCGCUUCUCAGACCGUCAGCCGUUUGUUUGCAAAGGUCUUGCCCGAGAAAGCGAACAUUCUGGUCGGCAUGCCUUUGAUUACAGAAGGACUUAUUGUUCCUAAGACGGGAGAAUAUAAUGAACAGUUCCACCCAGACAAGAUCGUCCACACGGUCUUCAGGCCGUUUUUCGAGGAUCGCGAGAAUCUAGUGAACGGAACGGGCAGUUGGACCGUGGAGAGACUGUACUAGAAUGGUACUCGCUGUAUUAUGCCCAUGGGGGAAUGGGAAUGAGACCUCAUCCAUUAAGGCGUGGCGAGUGCGGUGGCAUCACGAAAAUACCCCAAUUAUUUUUGUAGCGACCUUUUUCUAAACCUGCACUUUUACGGUUGCUUAGCUUUUUUUUAAAUAUGAGAAGUAAUGUUCCCCGUCAGCACGCCUCCGUAACAUGCCAGUCGUGUCGAAAGAGGCGCGUUAGGAUAGGCAUUUCCC